AUGUUGUUUCGGCUGUCUAGGGCCACAAUUGUACAUUAUCUAAUGAUAAGGCUUCCCUUAUUCCGGCAUAUCCAUAAAUUCCCUAUCGACGGACCAUGUCCUGCCAUGCAGAGUGAAAAUCGUGUGGAUUUGAUCAUCACCGAUAUAAUUGGCUUACGAUCGUUCCGAACGCGAAAGGACUUUCUUUUAAGAAACAAGUGUCUCAUACGUUUGGUCGACAGUUUUGGAACGCAUGUGGAGUUCAACUAUGCGUCAUACUUCAAAGAACACAAAGCAGAUUUUGCUCAAAAAGGAGGCACUGGCACGUCCACUAAUCCUUGGGGAGGACAUGGACUGAAACUUCUGCAGCACUGGACUUUCUUCCCUCAUACGCCAGACAACGAUUUUCUCGGAUUCGCAAUUCAUCAGUCUAAUGUGGAACCACUUUAUGAUCCACUGACCCUCGAACGACCAAUAUCUCUGGUGUACGGAAAGGAGAAGUAUAUGUGGACAGAAGCAGAACCUGUCAUUGAAGUGCUGAAAUCUUUGACAGAGGUGCAUGCUACUGUCUCUGACUUGAAGGAUGCCAAUGAAUCCGUGUUUUCUGAUAUAGUCAAUCAUGGUUUUCUAAACACAACGGGAAUUGCAGCUUUACUGAAAUCAACCAGUAUCUUUGUAGGCCUUGGGUUUCCAUUCGAAGGUCCAGCACCACUGGAGGCUGUGGCUCAUGGUGCAGUAUUCAUCAAUCCUAGGUUUGAGCCUGCAAAGAAUCGGUUGAAUACUGCUUUCUUCCGAGACAAGCCCACUUUACGUGAGGUGAGCCAAUCAGAUUAG